AUGCCUCCCAAGACCGGAAAGAAAGUUGCUACCGCCCCCUUCCCCCAGGGAAAGGCUGGCUCGAAGAAGGCUCCCAAGAACCCUCUUCUGGAGAAGCGCCCCCGCAACUUCGGUAUUGGCCAAGACAUCCAGCCCAAGCGCAACCUCUCGCGCAUGGUGAAGUGGCCCGAGUAUGUGCGUCUCCAGCGACAGAAGAAAAUUUUAAACCUUCGCCUCAAGGUUCCCCCCGCGAUCGCCCAAUUCCAGAACACCUUGGACCGCAACACCGCCGCUCAAACCUUAAAACUCCUCAACAAGUACCGUCCAGAAUCCAAGGCUGAGAAGAAGGAGCGUCUGCUCAAGGAGGCCACUGCUAUCCAGGCUGGCCAGAAGAAAGAGGACGUCAGCAAGAAGCCAUAUACCGUCAAGUAUGGUCUUAACCACGUUGUCGGCCUGAUCGAGAACAAGAAGGCUUCCCUCGUCCUCAUCCCUAACGAUGUUGAUCCCAUUGAGCUGGUUGUUUUCCUUCCCGCUCUCUGCCGCAAGAUGGGCGUCCCCUAUGCCAUCAUCAAAGGCAAGGCCAGACUUGGAACUGUGGUCCACAAGAAGACCGCUGCGGUCCUUGCUCUGACCGAGGUCCGCUCAGAAGACAAGACAGAGCUCUCCAAACUCAUCUCCGCCAUCAAAGAGGGUUAUAGCGACAAAUACGAGGAGAGCAAGCGCCGCUGGGGUGGAGGUAUCAUGGGUGCCAAGGCCGUUGCCAGACAAGUCAAGAAGCGCAGGACUAUCGAAAACGCCAUCAAGAUCUAA